AUGUCUUUUCAAAACAAAAAUUUAUACGACUUGUUAGGUAACGAUGUCGAGGAAGACAAUGCCGCUGCUAACCUUCCAAUCAAGGAGGUUGUAAGGAAGAACACCUCUUCUAAAAAGGCUGAUGUUCCACCACCAUCAGCAGACCCAACCAAGGCUAAGAAGAAGGCCAAGCCAGCUGGAAACGAAGGUGCUUUGAAGACCAAGAACAACAACAAGGAUGUUGCACCACCACAAUCGACCGCUACCAAGCACCAAAAGAAGCCAUUCGACCGUCACUCAAGAUCUGGUAAGACCGACUCCAGCAAAAAGAUUAAGCAAGGUUGGGGUAACACCGAUACUAGAGAAUUGGAAGGUGAAGCUGAAGGAACCGAAGAUGCUGAGGCUGACUUGGUAGAGGAAGCUGAAGAGGAAGUCGAUACCACUCCUAAGAAAUCCCUUCAAGAAUACCUUGCUGAACAAGAACAAAAACAAAGGGAGUUGGAUGGUGCUAAGAAAUUGAGAAAAGCCAACGAAGGUGCUGAACAAAAGUGGAAUUCUGAGGAAAAGAUUGAAAAGACUCAAGAAGAGUACUUUGCUUCUACUCACCAAAAGAAGACCAAAUCAAAGGCUCCAAAGGAGAAGGUUUUCUUGGAAUUUGAUGCCGUUUUUGCUGAUGAGCAACCACAAGAACCAAGAGGUGGUUUCAGAGGUGAAAAGAGAGGAGGCUUCAGAGGUAACAGUAGAGGUAACAACAGAGGUAACGGCAGAGGCAGCAGCAGAGGAAACAGUAGAGGUAACAGCAGAGGCGGCCUCAGAGGUGGAAAAUCUUUCAAUGAAAACGAUUUCCCAUCUUUAUGA